CUGAGCUUCAGCUUGCACUUCGUGUUGUUCCUGAGUACAAAGUGAACGUAUGGACUCCUCUCUGAUGUUACUGGCUUUGACUUCCUGUGUGUUCACAGCUCAUGCAGCUGUUCACGAAGAAACGCUGUUCUACAGCUGCUCCGAGUCUGGUGACGGUCUGGUACAGCUGCACUGGGACGGAGACCAGAUCACGUAUGCUGACUUUAAGAAACAGCAUGCAGUUUGGACAGCCCCCUUGCUAAAAGAUCUGGGGACAGCCAUACUUUCUUGGUUUUUCCCUCUAGCUUUAGACAGCAGGACUAGAUGUGAAUUCUAUCUUGACAGAGCUGUGCGUCUGGACAACAGUUCAAUGACAUUGAAAGCCCCAGCAGUGGUCAUCUAUCCCAUGGACGAGGCAGAGACGGGAAAGAACAACACCAUUUACUGUCACAUCAGGCACUUCUACCCCCCCUCCAACAAUGUCACAUGGACCAGAAAUGGCAUUCGGGUGACAGAGGGUGUGAAUCUGAGCAACCCGUAUCCUCAGACGGAUGGGACCUUCAAUCAGCUGGCCAGCUUCUCUUUCCAACCACAGUCUGAUGAUGUGGUGGAGUGCAGUGUGCAGCAUCAAGCCCUGAGCCGCCCGCUCAUCACUACAUGGACACCGCCCAUGAAGCCUGCUAGAUCUGCAGCGGCAUGGGUGUGUCUUUCUUUAGGACUCCUGUGCAUCGCUGCAGGAGUCAUCAUCUUCAUCAUCUCUGCGAAAGAGUCCCUCCGACAUAAGCUAUCUGACUUCUGGCGGGCUGCGUACCAGAGGGCUGCUGGAUGAGCCUUCAGAAUACAAAGAUGUUAUUUUAACAUAAUUCAGUGAAAAGUAUUUUAUUUUGUAUCCUCCUGAGAACCAGUCGAUUCAUUUAUGUCUGUUAAUCUUUGCUUUCUUUGUCUCAUUACCUAUGAUUCACUUCAGAUGUGUCCCCCUGUCAGUGUCCUGUCUGUCUCCUGUUGUGUUGUCCUUCAUGCUGUGUGUUACUUCAUUGUCUGUCUCUAAGUCAAGUUAGGUUUCAUUUGUUGGAUGAUUUUGCUUCUGCCUUGUAUUAUGUUCAUGGGCAGUAACCUGUAAAGUAACGAGUAAAGUAAGGGAUUACUAUUGUAAAAAGUAAUUAGAUUACUGUUGCUUUCCCGUAAGCACGCUGCGAUACUGCAUUACUAAACCGUGAUGUUGUUUGUGAAAGUGUCACAUGACAGUGAUGUAAGAGAGUGCGACGUCUGUGGCAGCAACAGACGUGUGCAGAUAAACAGUGGAUAACAUGGCGUGUGGGAGAGAGUACGACCAUGCAGCGUUUAAUGUGUGGAAGUACUCACAUUACUUUGAGUUUGAUUUGGUAAAAAGUGACAAAAACAUUAGCGUCUGCUGUUCACUCUGUGUGGGAAGAAAACUUGUUUUUACAGCGAAAAAUUAAACUUAAAUCUGAGCGAGCAGAUGGUGGUUUGAAUUCUUGUGCCAUGGUUUCCUUCGUCUUUCAUCCUGUUAUGUUUUCCACGUCUCCCCGGCGUGUCAUGCCUGUGCACUCCUUCGUUUUCCUCAAUGCUCUCUCUUCCCCUCCAGUCUGCGUCUCUGUGCAUUUCCUGUUUUAUUGUGAAGAUCCGUGUCUCAUGUGAGUGUGUUCUCUUUUGUUUCCUUGUCUUGUCUCCCAGUCAGUCCCAGUGUGUCACUUCGUGUUCGUUGGUUUGUCUGUGUUCUUUCCCUGCAUAACUCCGUGUUAUCUCCCCGUGUCUCCCUGCGUCACCGUUUCUGGUUUCAAGUCCAUGUUUUGUUGGUUUUUCCCAGUAUAGGUUCCUUUGCUUCUGUUCUUGCCCGAUACAGUCCUGUUUAUUUCUU